UCUCUCUACCACUAUACCUUCACUUCGUUGCUACUCUCUGGGCACCUCUGGGAUUCUAGGGCUAAUUUCUGGAGACAUGGCAGGCCUACUAUGUGGGACCAAGAGGAAGAAACAAGGUAGUUCUGUUUGACAUGGUGGGAUUGGCUGGGAGGGCUGCUUAUGGCGGGCUUUGAGGAACUCUGAUUUAUGAAUGUGGAAGCAUGCCCUGUACAUUUUGUGAGUGCUGCUGGUAUGUUGCUGUUUAGGGACCCGUUCAUGUUUGUGUUUUGAUAUGAGAAAUGUAUGCUGGAUAUUUUUUCUUCAGUUUACAAGUAACUGGGGAGUAAUUCAGAUUUUGCUUCGGUUGUGAUCUAUUGACACAUUACAUCUCUAUGCCAGUAUUAUUUGGCUAUAUUAUAGUUUGUGAGGGCUUUGGUCAAAUCCUUAACAGUAAUUUUCGCUCAUUCAAUUCUAUCACAGAUGUACUGGACAGAGUCACAGAGGGAGGAAGUAGCACAAUUAUGAUGAAAUGCAGGACUGUAAUUAUGAAGGAAAUGCUGAUCUGGUGUGUGAUGCAGGCAGGCAUACUGUAGCCCGCUGGCUUGUGGUUGAGCUCUACAGCAGGGCAAAUCAGAUAGGACAUCUUUAGAAACUACAGAGGACUACUCCUCUCUCCAACAUCAACAACAUCCCUUUUCUGCAUACCUUAAAUGUGCUGUCUGCUGCUUUCUGCCACAGAGGAAGAUGAAAGGAAUGUAGCCAUUAGGGUUAGAGGCAUAAAUGUAGACACUAGCCAAAUCCCAGAGGUAACGUCAGCCUGUGUUGUCAGUGAAGGUGAAUCGAAGCUCAGCUCAGCAACAGAGUGGUUUGGCUUCAUCUUGUGGUUUGUUUACAGCCUAAUCUCGGAACCCAGGAUCAAGUAUUACAUGUGCUUAACAGUCACAAGAGACUAUUUACAUCCUCAGUGAUCAAUUAAGUAAUGUUGAUGUAUCCCAUUCAGUGCUUGUUAUCAUCAAUUCACUAAUAGAUUCAUUAGAUUUCUGGAUUAGUAUUAGUAUAGAACUGCCCAUGGAGAAAGUGUGGUGUCACAGUCUUGGGCUCCAGGCAGUGUGUUAAGCCCCCCCUCACACCAGACAGUUGGGUAGACACACAGACACACACACACACACACACACACACACACACACACUCUCACACUCACACUCACACUCACACACAGGAGCCCACCGCUGCCACACUUAGACAGCUGUGGGGGUGUGCUGUGUGUGUGCCCUCUUACUGAGCUUUAAUAGAAUGGAAAAUAUGAAUAUCUUCACUUGCGUGUGUGUGCUAGGCUCUUAUCCAUAGCCUAGUAUUUCUUUCUAGAUAAUGUCACUUGUAGAACACACUGAUAACAGAUCUACACCUGAAACUUUAACUGUAUGUUCUUGUUUAUUCUAUUCUACAGAGCCAUUUACUUAAUGUUCUUAUUCUUAUCUUUUCUUAUUUCUUAUUGUUGUUGCAUUGUUGUGUAGGAACCUGCAAGUAAGCAUUUCAUUGGACGAUGUAUACCAUGCGUAUCCCGUACAUACGACUAAUAAAACUUGAAACUGAAACUGUGUGUAUGUGUGUGGUGGGGGUCACUCUGAGGUUAAUGCUACUGACUAAAGGUGUUUAUCUAAUGGUGUGUCCUCUCUGUUGUCCCUGUCCCCAGUGAGUGACCUUCAUGAGGAGGGGAAGAACGCCAUCAACACUCCCAUGCUGCCCUCUGGGACUGAAAUCCACCCUGAGGACACCAUGCUGGGUAACAACAACUCCUAAAACUCAAACCCUUACCCUAAAACUAACCUUCAUACAUACAACAUGUUUCUGUGUUGCUCGGUAACACCAACUCAAACUCCUAACGCUAACCUCAAUACAUACAGUACACUCCCAUAGGAGAACCCUUUUUGUUUCCAGGUAGAACCCUUUUUGGUUCCAGGUAGAACUCUUUUGGGUUCCAUGUAGAACCCUCUGGGGAAAGGAUUCUACUUGGAACCAAAAGGGUUCUACCUGGGACCAAAAGGGGUUCUACAAAGGGUUCUCCUAUGGGGACAGCCAAAUAACCAUUUUUGGUUCUAGAUAGUACCUUUUUCUCUAAGAGUGUAUGGCUCUGUAGGCCUCCGGGACAAACCACAGCCUCUUUCAUCUAUAGAAUCUUAUGUAUCCAAAACUGUUGUGCCAUUUGUUGUCAAUCCACUUCAGUCUUGUCAGUGCAUCUUUAUUGGUCACUGACUGCUGAUGCCUUUGGUGGACUGUUGAUAACACUUUUGGCCAAUUGUGACAAUUGUACUCAUUGAUGCCUGAGGGUUAUGAAGUUAUGUCUGGGGACCUUACUGAAGCUGAUUGGGGGUGACUUCUGGGAACUCUGGGAACUAAUUGUGACCGUGAGAGACCUUUGGUGGAAGAGGAAAUGAAAGAGCAAUGUGCAGAGCAAUGUGCAAGGGUGGAGUAAGGACAACACCAUGUGUCUUAGUUCCACUCAUCACCAGUCUGAUUCACUCUAUGAUCCAAGAUGAGUGUGCAAUCUGCAGGAGAAGAGGACUGUGUGUGUGUGUGGGUGUGGAGGGGGCAUGUUGUAGUCUUCGAAUGUGUAAGAAUAUGUGUGAACUUCCACCAUCUAUUAGUUGGAUCCCUCUGGCUUCACAGCUGAGUGGCUUUCUCCCAUCAUGUCUUUCUUAGAAGAGAAUGCUGAGAGGAACAUGCUGGAUCCGACCUCAAGAGAGAAUCCAAAAUUCAAAGAUCUUCAGAGGGUAGGUGUCUUAUGCAUAGCUUAGUAUUUCUUUCUGGAUUCUGCAAAUUGUAGAUCACACACUGAUAACAGAUCUAAACCUGAAACUUCAACUGUAUGUUCUUGUUUCUAGGUAUUGAUAGACUGGAUCAACAAUGAGCUGGAAGAGGACAGGAUCAUCGUCAAAGACUUGGAGGAGGAUUGCUAUGAUGGACAGGUGCUUCAGAAGUUAUUUGGUAAGGAAUAAUUAGUUUGGACUCUGUGUAAUGUCUGUGGCUGAACUUGUUUUUGAUUGUUUGUGUAUAAAAUUCUAGAGUUGAAAAGGUAACUUCGCAGUACACAGUAUUUGGAUAAAUGGUGUAGUGUACAGAUCUGCAUAACUGUGUAACUCCUCUCUCCCGGUGACAGAGAAGCUGUCUGGGCGUAAGCUGAAUGUGGCUGAGGUGACCCAGUCAGAGAUAGGACAGAAACAGAAGCUCCAGACAGUACUGGAGGCCGUCAACGAGCUGCUCAGGCCUCACGGCUGGUCCAUCGAGUGGAGCGUCGAAUGUGAGUUGUCCACUAAGGCAUGAAAAUACAGUAAUUCAAUAUCCAGUUUGCCACAUAGGACUAACGUAAAGGUUCACAGACCAUCAGACACAUAAUUUUACACAAUUGCUACUACAGAUCCGUUAUGUUAUGGCAUCCUAAGUCUUUAAAGAGAUACAUUAUCUUCUCGUUGAAUAUUACCAUAGGCACUGUAUUUCACCUGAUUUACAGUAGUACUGAACUGUAUUUCACCUGAUUUACAGUAGUACUGAACUGUAUUUUACUUGAUUUACAGUAGUACUGAACUGUAUUUCACUUGCUUUACAGUAGUACUGAACUGUAUUUCACUUGAUUUACAGUAGUACUGAACUGUAUUUUACUUGAUUUACAGUAGUACUGAACUGUAUUUCACCUGAUUUACAGUAGUUCUGAACUGUAUUUCACCUGAUUUACAGUAGUUCUGAACUGUAUUUCACCUGAUUUACAGUAGUACUGAAGUGCAUAUGGCACACUAUUCAACCAUGGUAAAGUCAUUCUAGCCAUAGUAAUUCAACGUGAUGUCACGGCUCACAACACCCUCUCUUGGUCUUCUCCACCGUCCACAGCUAUCCAUGCUAAGAACCUGGUGGCCAUAGUGUACCUGCUGGUGGCUCUGGCCAUGCACUACCUGGCCCCCAUCAGACUGCCGGAGCACGUCUCUGUACAGGUGGUGGUGGUCAAAGUAAGGAGACACAGCACACAUUUGACAUCUAUUAUCUAUUACACCUCAUGAUGAUGACGCAUUGACCUGUAUUGGUGGUUUUGUUUGUUUUAGAAAAGGGAGGGCAUACUGCAGACGUCUCAUGUGACUAAGGAGCUGACGAGCACGACAGAGUCUGUACUACUGUUAUAUCGCUUGAUAUAUAUCUUUUCAGUUUCUGUGGAAAUCCUUACAGUGUGUUGGUAUAACCUGUUUUUCUUUUUUCUAGGAUGAUGAUGGGUAGAUUUGGUGAGUAGAUGUUGGUUGAACAUUGAGAUCGGUUGUAAAAUUUGAUUAAUGUGGAGUUUUAUUAUCUCAAUUUUUUUCCUGUAUCUCAGAAAGGGAUGCAUUUGACACACUCCUGGAUCACGCACCGGACAAGCUCAAUGUUGUGAAGAAGGUAGAAUAUUUGAAGAGAGAUUUAAACUUGCAGAAGGCAUUGUGUUUGGUUCCUUCAUACUUUACACUUUGCUUUUUUAUACUUCUCUCCAUCAGUCCCUCAUCACCUUUGUGAACAAACACUUGAACAAGCUGAACCUGGAGGUCACAGAGUUGGAGUCACAGGUUAGACAUCUGAUGAUGCUGUAUUUAACUACACAACAGCUCAAUCAAUAUAACAUACUGUAACUACUGGGAAUAAGAUACAGUGAAUUUUCCUCCAUUUCGUCAUGUUGUUUUUAUAUUCUUGUGUCCAGUUUGCUGAUGGUGUGUACCUGGUGCUGCUGAUGGGACUGCUGGAGAACUACUUUGUCCCCCUCUAUAACUUCUUCCUCACACCAGAGAACUUUGAGCAGAAGGUAGGUCGGACUUUUAGAAGUGGUGUUUCUCUGAAAGUGGUGGACUUGUAGAAGUGGUGAUUCUUUGGUCGACUGUUAGCAGGUUCCUCCGGUUGAUCCUCUCCCCUGGUUCCCCUCAGGUCCACAACGUGGCGUUUGCCUUUGAACUGAUGCAGGACGGAGGCCUGAAGAAACCCAAAGCAAGGCCAGAAGGUAUAGUAGAAAGCCAGUAACACAUGGUGGGGAAUGCAGGCAGUGGAAAUUCAGUUGGAAAGAGAAGCUUGAUUUAGGUAGACUAUGCAUCGGAAAGGUUAUGACACUUGAGUAGCUGUAAUGCCUUAGAUGUCCAAUAGGUGUAGAUCUUGCCUCACUUUAGAUACUUGAACAUUGGUGUAUGUCUAAGCCAGCCUGUGACCCACACACCCAAGCUAACCCCGCCAGCUCUUAUCAUUCUGAAUAUAAAGUCUCACAGGAUUAAUUUUUCAUUUUUCUUUUUGCAUACCAAUAUCACCCAGAAUCGGUCAAGCAGCAUGAGCUUCCUUGACUUUUGUUUGUGUGUUUGUGAUCUUUCCUCCCAGAAAGCAGUUUGUUUAUUUGUUUUUAAUAACUUUUUACUUAUUUUGUGUGUCUUGUUUGGUUCUAGACGUUGUGAACCUGAACCUGAAGUCCACCUUGAGGGUGUUGUACAACCUGUUCACCAACUAUAAGAACUCAGAGUGAUGUCUGCCUGCCACACACUGUCACAAUAUAGUGUGAGGAGAAUGAAGGCACUGUGUUUGUGCUACCUUCACACUGGCUGAUGUCUGAACCCCUGAGGAACCCACUGGGACUAAACCAAAGUCCCCCCUCGUAUCAGUGGGAUGGCGUAAAGAGACUCAGAAUGUUUGUAUUUAAUCUCCCCAAUGUCAGUAUUUAAAUCCUCCUUUAUGCUAACCGUAACCCCUACCCCAGCACACUUAUGUUUCAUCUUUUAGUACUCAGUCAACACUGGAGAAUGAUUAAUGCAACUGGAAAACAUGUAUUUUAUGCAAAAAAGCCACUGCUGCUUUAUAAGAAGAUAUUUAUGAUCCACUGCUUGCAUGUGCAAGGACUUGCUGUAUAUCAUAUCUCAGAAAGCUUUGUAUAUUAUUCCCAUAUUAUUAUUAUUAUUAUUAUU